ACCGCCGUAUCAUUAGCGUUUUUUUAUAUAAAGGAGGUUCAGCUUGCAUAGAGAAAACCAACAAAUCUAACAAAAAAAAUCCGAUAAAUACUAGAAUAUUCAUCCUUUUGUGAGUUUAUCGAUUUCAAGAGAGAAAAGAAAAGAAUCAUGGCUGCUGUUGAAGAAGGACAAGUUAUUGGAUGCCAUACUUUGGAGCAUUGGACUGACAACCUUGACAAGGGCAAAGAACACAAGAAAUUGGUUGUGAUAGAUUUUACUGCUUCGUGGUGUGGUCCUUGUCGCAUGAUUGCACCUAUCCUAGCUGAAAUCGCCAAGAAGCUGCCCAAUGUAUUGUUCCUUAAGGUGGAUGUAGAUGAAUUGCAGGUUGUUGCUCAGGAAUGGAAAGUAGAAGCAAUGCCAACUUUUGUCUUUGUCAAAGAAGGAGUUGAGGUUGAGAGGUUCGCUGGUGCAGACAAAGCCAAGUUGGAGCAACUGAUCGCAAAGCACUCGUGUUAAAGCUUAAGCCGAUCAUAAUAGACUUAUGAUUAUAUAUAUAUUUAGGUUUUGAAUUGCCAUCCAUCUCUGAGGAUGUGACUUUGCUAUGCAUGAAUCCGAAAGAACAGACGGGGUAUCUGUCUGUCUUUUUAAUAAACUCAAGUUUACUGCUUGUUUGAGCCUUGCCCACAUUUUCUGUUUGAGUUAUCCGUCUGUCUUUUUAAUAAACUCCAGUUUAUCAUCG